ACCUUCAACAACCCCCUCCGACUCCGACCUCUACCCCCCCACGUACUUAACGAACCGUUUAAGCAGAUUGGUUGGUUGAAAAGCAUUCCCCAAAUCCAGCCUUGCUUUGGAUCUCUAUCUUCAUUCAGCGUGCUUACAAUGUAAGUAAAUAUCAAAAGAAAUUUCCUUGAGAACUCUUCCCCCUUUCCUUCUUUGUAGAUAAUUCGAAAGGUAAAAACAUCGAUGGUUAGGUGUGUGUCCGUGAUGCUGUUUCGUAGCUUGAGAACCCGGAUUAAUAAAUUCGUAGCGAGGAAUGGAAUGAAUGAUGCAUCGGGUAUAGGUAUCGUCGACAACAUGUACACUUCUCUUCUCUUCUUUUUCCCCUCCUCCCUUUCUCUAUCGCCUCUCAUCUCCACUCAUCGCCUUUCAAGCGCCAUCUUCCCUCAAUGCACCACCACUACCACCCUCUCAUCCACUCAUGCAAGCACCAAAACCCAACAACGCCCACAAUGCAAGCCUUUCCAAUCGCAGCGCCACAACCACCGAAUGAAAAGCCGUCCCGCCAUGCCCAGCCCAGUCCAGUCCAGUCCAGUCCAGUCCAGUCCAGCCCAGCGCACACGCAAUGCAACCUCUAAAGCCCUGCAAAGAAUCCUUCCACAACCCAACCACCCCAUCUCACAACCUCAUCCGGCCCCGCUAUCAAAAGCAAAAAGGGAAAAAGCAAAAAGGCGGACCGAUCCAUCCCUAACAUGUCUCGGGAAAGAGAAAAAGCAACGACACGGCAACUCCCACCCACAAUUCUCGGGUUCCUACCUAACCUCUCAGGGAUCCGGGUUCGAGCCGAGAGAAAACAUUGUUUCAUUCACUCAUGCACCCGAUCGAGCCCCCACAUCGGGCAAGCACGCAAAGGAAAAAAACAAAUCAAGACCAGCGGCCAUCAAGUUCUCAUUCACUCGCUACCGGGGGACCGGAUCGUCUGCUUCUCUGUUUCUGUUUCUUUCGAGAAGAAAAAGCAAGCAGCCACAAGCGUUCCUUCGUUCAUCCAUUCCCACCCACACGUCCGUCCCAAGGCCAUGUUAUGGGAUCGUUGCCAACUCAUCAAGUUCAAGACAAGCAAGCAAGCAGGCUGGAUGUAAGUAUGCGACUGGCCAUCCCUGAACCAACAGCCCGAUACCGACACGUCACAAUGAACCCCACGCCACCGUGACCACACUCCCGGGUCGUUCGGUGU